AAAAUCAAACAAUCAAAAAAACUAAACGAAAAAACUAUUCAAAAAUAUCCAAAAUGGUUAUUCAACGCAGUUGGAAAAUCCUUAGUGAGACUGGCGGUGGCAGUCAAACCUCAUCAAAUCUCAAUGAUAAUCAACAACGUUCACCUUCGGGCCUGCAGCAGCAGUCAAUAAAUUCCUCUUCCGAUGAUUCAGAUUGCUCGAAUCAAACCACACAUUCAAUGGACACACGAAUGGCCAGUCCCUCACCCAUCGAUCAUCGCAAAUCACUCGAAUCGGACUCGAACAAUGAUACAUCCUCACUCUCGUUAUCUCUGCUCUGCGAAUCCAACUCAACAGAUACAGAGCCCUCCACCACAGUGAAAUAUGUAACCACUCCGGAUAUGGCCGAGUCCAUGUUGCAGCGAAUCCGACAGCGUUUGAGUGGCGCACAUAACAUUGAAAGCGGUGGCAGUGCCGAGUCUGCGAUGAGGGCCCUGGAAUUGCUCAGGAUUAGUGUACAGCAAUCGUUUGAUGCGGAAGUCAAUCAGAUUAUAAAGCGCUACAUGAAUAAUUACUUCAGACCUGCUUUUGGAAACAUCAAGGAGAAUUUGGGUCAACAUACUGUGAAUGAGGAAACCCUACGAAAAAUGUCAUCUUGCGCUCUACUGGAAAAUGCCAAAGCACAGUAUACAAAUUUUAUACGGCAACAACGUCUGAUUCCAGGUACCACAGAGCAGCAGCAACAACAGCAGCAGCAGCAGCAACAGCAUCAACAACAGCACCAACAGCAGCAGCAGCAACAACGUUUAAGUCUUAAAAGACCGGCCAAGCAAAAUGAUUUCAACAAUGGCAGCAAAAUGUUUGCCAAUAAUCUGGGUUACGCCACUGGAAAGCCAAUGCCCGCACAAAGUCAAUUGCUGUCCCAACAACAGCAGCAGCAACAACAACAUCAUCAGCAGCAGCAACAUCAAAACCCACAGCAACAAUCAAUGGGACAAACUCAUCCUCUCCAGCAACAACAGUCACAGCAGCAGCCAACUCAUAGGUCUUUAGUUACACCCAUUGUGGGCGGGACGCUGCCUACACCUGUGCGUCGUCAGAUCUUUUGGAAUACGGCCCAAAUUUCGACAACUACCAAAUUUGUAUUGGACGUACAGGCAAAUUUAGCCUUUGGUUUUGGCACCGAUGGCAAGGAGCGUUUGGCCAGCAAACAUCCGGAACUAAUACGUUAUCUGCCCGAUGCAGAGGAUCGGGAUUGGUUGGCAUCGCGCGGCAUUAUAUCGUCUGAGAAUCGUAGUUCUCGUUUCCUGUUUCUCAUCUACGACGAAGUUUGUCGUUUGCAGCAGUCGCAUGAACUUUAUCGCCACAAGACCAAUAUAGAUCUGAGCAUGAUGUUAACUUUUAGUGUCACCGAAGCGAUGAUACACAAAAUGAAGUUAUUCUUUGUUGAUUUAAAUAUCAAGAGUCGUGGCUUGAUCACCAAUUCGUAUAUCAUGGCCAACAAUCAACAGCAGCAGCAACAACAACAACAGCAAUCGACUGCAGGGUCUAAUAACAGUCACCUAAGGAAUGCCUUGCUUCAGGGAGUGGCAAUUCAACAGCAACAGCAGCAGACGACGACGACACCAACGCAAUCGGAGGAAGCUGCCAUUAAGGAUCAACUUAUGCCAGCUGCCUCACCCACACCCUGUCUUCAGGGACAAGUUGUCGGUAGCAGCAGCAACUCUACCGUUUCCCCGCUCAAAGCCAAGCUGGUGUCCAGUUCCACAUUGAGUUCAUCGCAUGCUACACUGACAGCUCUGUUAAACAAUGCCGGGGCAGGUCCAUCCUCUUCAACAUCGUCGUCGUCGUCAUCAUCAGCAUCAUCAUCAUCGGCGAGUGCUUCUACAACCAGUUCAGGCGGCAAGUUUAGAAACUAAUUAAACACCUUUCCAGGUAUUCUAAAUGUCCAAUUUCUAGCAAUAAAACUUACUUUCAUUGUAAUUAUUAACUGAAA